UACGGUAACUUAACUCAUUUCUACUUAGCACAAAGCAUUUCAUGUUGUACAUUGUAUUUCGUUACAGAAUCAUUCAUAGCAGGGGAUUCAGAUUUGGAGAAGCCGAUUGAAGAGUCAUGCCUGGUCUCUUCAGAACACACUGCUGGCCACAACAUAUCAUUUACUCCUCAGGGUACAAACAGUGGGCAUUUAGUUACUUCAAGUUCAUCUAAAGGGCUCGAUGUUCUUGCAGGCCAUUUGGCAAGGAUAAAUAGAAGAUUGGAUGAUAUUGAAAAGAAUCAGAGUGAAAUUUUAGCAAGGUUGUGUCCAACAAAGCCUGCUAUGAACAUUAUUCCUCCUGAUAUAAAACUCCCCUGCGAAACAUUGGACGAGAUUAGUGACUUGGAAGAUUGGUUGCUGGAUUACACUAAUAAACAAUCUUUGAUCACAAAUUUGAGUCUUCUGGGUGGGAAAAAAGUUGGAAGAGUUGUGCGCAAUAUACCUGAAAAGAUUUUUACCAAUGAUGUUGCCGAACUUUUCAAUUGGACAGGCAGACACAGCAAACGCUGUUUGAGAGAUUUGGCUGUGAUGAAACUCAUACCUGGUGCUGUAAGGAAACAAAAAAACUUAACAAGUGCUACGGAUGAUGAAAUAAAUACCAACAUUGCAAAUUGGUUCAGAUUUUUGAAGGAUAGAAAUGGAGGACGAGAGCAAAGACGAAAGGACAAGCCAAGACAAGAUCACCAGGACCAGCAGAGACAGUAAAAAAUACCAUGGUUUAUCAAAAAGAACUAAUUACAGAAAGUUAGCAAAAGAAAAACAAAAAAUCAAACAACAGUUACUUGAAUUGUGCACUCCUGUUGCAAAUUGUGUUCAAUCUGAAAAUAGCACUCAUGAAUCCCAUGAUAGCUCACUUGAUAUCUCAAAUCAAUUUGAUAAUUUAUCAGGAAGUAAAGAAAGUUUUCCAUACAGUUCCAGUUCUGAUAGUAGUAUAAGUAGUAGUUUCAGUGAUGUUUCAAAUUAUUCUGACAAUAGGGACACUAAUCAUUAUUAAACGAAAAUCCAAAGUAAAUUCUGUAAACCAGACUUCUGCUUCUGCAAAUACUGACGACAGGGUGAACAUAUAGAUGGAAAUUUGAUAACAGCUUCUAUUCAAAAAUUAUUACAUCAUGCAGGACUUGCAAAUAAUUUUUAGAUAGUAGCUCUCAUCGAAUUUCGUUCCAGCCGUUCAUCCUGUUGUCAAUAUUUGCAGUAGCAGAAGUCUUCGGGGUGGUUUACAGCAUUUAACUUUGAAUUAUCGUUUACUAAUAAUUAUUUAUUCAUUAGCAUUUGAACAAAUGCAAUUUCUCAUUUUUUCCAUCUAUAAUUUAUCAAAUGUAAUUGUAAUGUAAAUGCAGUUGUAAUGUAAUUUUUCAAAUAGAACAAUGUGUCAUGUGAUACAUAAUUGAUUUGUAAUUUUAAGUGGAAAUGAAUGGCGAAAACCGCCAUUCAAAAAUCGCAGCUGUCGGUAUGUCAUAUUAUUAUUUUUAAAUUACUGUCACUCACCAUCUGUCAAAUUGGAUUAAUUCUACUGCAGGUACCUAUAUACCUGCAAAUAAUAUUUAAAUGCAACAUUGUCAAUUGGUUGGCCCAAUGUAAUAUCUUAUGUUGGCCCAAUGUAAGUGAACUGGUUGUUGGCCCUUCAUAUAUAGGCUACACUUUUGAUGGCCCAACAUUGUUAUAAGGUUGGUUGGCCAACUGUUGGCAAGAGUGCCAAUUCAAACCACAGGCCAACUGAGGAUGACAAACAAUUUUCAACGUUGGGCCUACCUUUUGUGCUACUUGGGAAAAGAGUAAAUUUUGACAAAAAAUGACAAGAAAGUAUACAAAUAGAUUCGAGCAUUGGUUCAUUGAAAGUAAUAAAUAUCAAAGUCAUAUCUCUUGCAGAUUAUGUAAAUGGAGGUGAUGGUGAUACAGAAUUUUUUGACAUAACCCUGUCAGCUAAAGAAUGGUCAGAUAUAGCUCCAAGGGAUAUCUAUUAUAAGUGUACAAGUCGGGGUGAAAAAAUUUACAAAGGCCUGGCACCAAACGUAUGGACAAACGUUGUGAAUGAGCAUUUUUGAUUAGUAACAAGAAAAAGCUGCUGUUUGGUCUUCAAAAGAGUUUCUGACACUAACAAGUACUACAUUAAAAUGUCUGCGAUGUGCAAAGGGUGUGGUGGACAAUUUAUUGGGUAUAUUGACACCGCUCCAGAAGAAGAAAGAUGAAACUCAGUAGUUUUUCCGCGAACCUCAUC